AUGGAUGCAUCGAAUGUUAUGAUAAAUGCUUCUACAAAAGAACUAUAUGUCGAUGUUGUUAUACAUUUUAGGAAGGUGUGCGAGAAAUAUCAUGCUUUAUUGAAAUAUGUUGAAAGUACAAGUUUGGACCAAGUAAAAGAGAAGAUUGUUUGUGCUUUGACCGAUCAGGAAUGGCUAAAAGAAGUCAAUGCUAGCAACCUUGCAAUGGGCAUUUUACCGUAUGUUGACAACUUUGCUCACAUUGGAGGAUUUGCAACCGGACUUCUACUCGGUUUCAUUUUACUUCCUCACCCUCAAUGCGGUUGGUUAGAGCAGCGUAGUCUUCCUGCUGGUAUUCGUCUCAAAUCAAAAUUCAAAGCUUACCAGUACAUUCUUGGGAUUGUGUCUCUAAUUCUCUUGAUUGUUGGAUUUUCAAUUGGAUUGGUGAUGUUGUUCAAAGAAGAGAAUGGACAUGAUCAUUGUCAUUGGUGUCACUACCUAACAUGUGUGCCAAGUGUAUGGGAAUGCAACAAUUAGAAUUAAACUGAGACAGUUUAUUUAUGAUUUUAAGUAGGAAUGUCUUUUCUUCUAUGCAUUUAU